GACCACCGUAGUAUGGGCGUGGUCAUGAUGUAAAUAAGUGUUAGGCAACAUGUUCUUUGUUUGUGUUGCUGCAUUUUUAGGACUUUCUUUCCUUAUCGCAUUAGUAAUUAUAUGUCGGAUGGUAAUUUUAGUAAAACACAAAGAAGAAUACAAGCCUGGAAAAAGCGGAUCUGUACGCGUUUUGGUGGUGGCAGGGUCAGGAGGUCACACAACAGAGAUUCUUAGGCUGAUGGAAAGUCUUUCUCCAUGUUACAAUCCAAGACAUUAUGUUAUUGCUGAAACUGAUACAAUGAGCAAAGAUAAAAUCUGCUGUCUGGAAGUUUCUAGGAAAUACAAAUAUGCUGAACAAGAGUACACCAUUCAUAAAAUACCCAGAAGCCGUGAAGUCCACCAGUCCUGGAGCUCGACUCUGCUGACUACCUUGCAUUCUCUGUUGUACUCUGGGCCUCUGGUAUUUACACUGAAGCCUGACUUGAUUUUAUGCAAUGGACCAGGAACGUGUGUCCCACUGUGUGUUUCAGCUCUUCUUCUUGGAGUCUUGGGAAUCAAGAGAAUUCUGAUUGUCUAUGUGGAAAGCAUCUGUCGAGUUGAAACGCUAUCUCUUUCUGGAAAAAUACUAUAUUAUUUGUCAGAUUAUUUCUUCGUUCAGUGGCCUAACCUAAAGGAGAAAUAUCCUAGAUCCAUUUACCUUGGUAGAGUAGUAUGAAGAAAAUUGUUUCUUUGUUUGCCACGUGUAUUUAUUUUGAAAUUAUGUAAUGGCUCAUGAUUUAAUUCAUGUGAAUUUAAAUAAAACUAUUUUAUUAGAA